AUGUCUGGUUUCAACUGGCCCUGGAGGGCUGAUGCUGCGACCAGCUUCCUCCGAGCAGCACGAUCAGGGAACCUGGACAAAGCUCUAGACCAUCUAAGUAAUGGCGUGGAUAUUAAUACCUGCAACCAGAAUGGGUUGAAUGCCUUACAUCUGGCCUCUAAGGAGGGGCAUGUAAAAAUGGUGGCUGAGCUGUUGCACAAAGAAAUUGUGCUGGAAACAACAACCAAGAAAGGGAACACCGCUUUACAUAUUGCUGCUUUGGCUGGGCAAGAUGAUGUCGUGCGGGAACUGGUGAACUUUGGGGCAAAUGUCAAUGCACAAUCACAGAAAGGCUUCACGCCCCUGUAUAUGGCCGCCCAAGAGAAUCACCUGGAAGUUGUCAAGUUCUUGCUGGAAAAUGGUGCUAACCAAAACGUAGCCACGGAGGAUGGCUUUACUCCCUUGGCAGUGGCUCUCCAGCAGGGCCACGAAAACGUGGUGGCCCACCUGAUUAACUACGGGACGAAGGGGAAGGUGCGCCUCCCGGCGUUACACAUAGCUGCCCGCAACGAUGACACGCGAACAGCUGCCGUGCUUUUGCAAAACGACCCCAACGCCGAUGUCCUUUCCAAGACUGGCUUCACCCCUCUUCACAUCGCAGCACAUUACGAGAAUCUCAACGUGGCCCAGCUUCUACUCAACCGUGGAGCAAGCGUCAACUUCACCCCCCAGAAUGGCAUCACCCCACUGCACAUCGCCUCUCGACGCGGCAACAUCAUAAUGGUGCGGCUGCUGCUUGACCGGGGAGCAAACAUCGAGGUUCGCACCAAGGAUGAAUUGACCCCAUUACACUGGACUUUCUAUCUGAGGUGCUGCUGCCACCGAACCAAACAGAUGAGGUUUGUGAAAAUGCUCUCCAUCGUGCCUCUAGUAAAAAAAGUGGCCAGGGCAGAAGGAGAAAGAUGUCCUGUCCUCAUCCGACGCAGGAAACUCAGAUGCUCGUUUGCCCGCUUGCCUGUUCCCUAA